AACAUUGUACGUCGUAUAUGUCCAUGGUGCGUGGUAUGAUAUCAUUGCCGACGCCAACCACCGGAAUGGGUUAGUAGCUAUAACGCAAGCGUAUAAGCAACUCCAGUUGAUCGUAGACAGUCGACGGUGAUCAUUCAAUUUAAGGCUUAGAAAGUGAAAGGAGUAUUAUCAUGUCGCACACAGUCACGAUGAGAACCGCUACGGUGACCACGACAACUUCGAGUAUUAUUAUCAACACCGGGUAUUUAAAGACUUAUCGAGGGGUUUUGAAGCUCUUGGAAUUGAUAAUAGGGGCUGUAUGUGUGGGAAUAAUGGGACAUCAUAUGGAUCGAUCCUAUCCUUAUGUAGUUCCUAAUCAAUUCUUCUUACUGAUGGUCACAACAUUUAUGAUAGCGACGUUUCUAUUAUUAUUGAGCUGCUUAAUUUCCAUUCCCACUGAAUCUAUUAUCUCGAAAACUAUUUAUGAAGUUAUCUAUCAUGCAGUCGCAUUUGCAUUACUUCUUGCCGCCUCUUUAAAUCUCAUGGUGAGAGUGACUGACCGUUAUAGCCGACAGUCAGAAUAUGAGUUAUUGUUAGGCGCUUCUAUCUGUGGACUUGUAAACUGUUGCUUGUAUUUCUUCAGCACUAUUAUUGCUCUCAGGAUGUACAGAGGGCUCUAAAUACUUGAAAUUGAAGAAAAUACCAGAGUACUUGACGAUUUAAAAUAUUUUUUAUAUCAAUAUUUUACACAAUUCAUUUUCUAAUCGCAUCACAAAUAACCAAGUCUGAACUUACAAAACAGUAUGCUUACAAAAUUUUUAUAUAGUCUUUUGAAGAUACAUAAAUAUUUUUGUAAUUUUUUUCGGAAAAUUUUUAAUGAUGAAGAUACAUGUUAUCUUCAAUUUUUGCAUUGAAAAACUUUACGCUCAGAUUGAUGAUGUUUUCGUAAUACAUUAGUUGGCUUUUA